AACGUAAUUAUCUUCUCAAUUAUCCACAGAUAUGACGCCCUAUUGUUAUUAAAUAAUCGCAUGAGAAAAGAAAUUCACGCGAAAAAUAUUGAAUUGAAAGAGCAGAAUUUUCAGAUUCGUAUGCUGGAGGGGAAUUUAUUGAGAUCCAAUGAAGAAUUGAUCGAAAAAUCUCUGGAAAAGCCGAAACCCCAGGAAUACCCGCGGACUCGUUAAUAAAUUAAUUAUGUAACACGAAUAAAUGAUUGAGCCGUAGGCCAAUAAAGGAAUGAGGAGCUUCACAAGUUAUAUAAACAAAGAAGGUUUGAAGGAAGACUUUCUGUCAGUGUUCUGCUCAACAUUCGUACGUUUAUCCAAAAUGGAUGCUAAUUCGGGAAACGCGUCUCUCGCAGAGAUAAACGAAGUCUGGGAUUUUGUAUGGAAAACAUUUAAAAACGCAUCUCUGACUUACGACCUCGCGUUUUCUCAAAAUGCAACUAAAACCGGACAAUCGGAGGAGGGAAAUAUUUUUGAUAAUCCAGCGAGACUAGGAAUAUUCACUGGAUUACUUAUUGCAUGGCUAGCUGAUUUUCGAAUCGGUCCUAUCAAGGACUCUAGACUGCUGGAGUUAAAAUUGAAAACAGCACUGACCUGGAUCUUCAACAUCAUCAUCUUCAGCGUGUUCGCGCCGUUCGUGACGCUAUUCCUGAGCCUCUGCUUCGUGUACCGCGGAAUCGUCAGGGAAGUCCUGCGUCGAUCAGAGGGAAAUGAUUUCGGUGGUCUCCUCGAAGGUAGCGACAACGUGUGGGCGAUUGAAGACGAUCACGCGUACUCCAUCAUCAACGUCCUUGGAAUCUUGGAGAUGAAGAUGACGACAGAUGCCAGCAGGAUCCUCGAAGACGUGAGAAAACUAGUCCAGGAUCGCCUCAUCGCGAAGAACUUUGACAAGCUGUGCUGGCAGAGGCACCAGAGAUACGGCUACUUCUACUGGAGACGCACCAAUGACACCAUCAAUUUGGAAGACAGAGUCCGAUGGCUCGGGGAUGAUCAUCCAAACUGCGAUGGCACCUGCGGGAACGUCUACAACGGAUACCUCAGGAAAAUUAUGAACCGAAUCUGCAAUCAGCCACUUCCUGGACAUCACAGGACCAAUUGGGAGAUUCUAGUUGGUAGAAACUGCCAAAGAGCUCUUCAUGUACCUCAGAACACUCUAAAUGUUCCCCUGGUCUUCAGGAUUCAUCAUUCUGUUGGAGAUGGGGUGGCUCUCCUCAGGGUUCUUCUAGAAGCAAUUGCCGAUUCUCAUCUCAAUACUCUUUCUCAAAUUAAAAUUAUCGAUACAGAUCCUCAGAUGCGGGGAAAUCGUGGAGCUGAAGAUGUAGAUAUUUCUCACAAACAAAUCACUGGAGUUGAUUCACCUCUGGAGCAGAUUAUUCAGUUCUCUGAUCAUCUCUUGGAUGCCUCCAUGCCGUUUGCUGUUAGGACACUUCCUCCAGUUAUCGUGAAAUUCAGAAGUUCAGUUCUUCUAGUUCUGGAGAAAGUGAUGAGAGUAUUUAUGGGAAUUAGAGACAGCUGUUUGAGGGGUUGUCAGGAAGGGCUGGGGGUGAUCAGACGUUUUGGGAGGAAUAUGAUUGUCUUGAUAUCCAUUCCCUCUUGUCUGGUUGGGCAGGCCCUUCAUUGCCUGGAUAACAGUGCUCUUCAUGGCACACCUUUGACUGGCGAGAAGAUAAUUUCCUGCUGGAUGGAGGGGGAUUUUAUUAAUGACAGAGAUUCUGGAAUUCUCGAGAAAAUCCGAGAUAUCAAGAACUCCACUGGGACAAGAUUUGGAGAUGUUGUUCUUGCUGCUCUAUCUGCUAAUCUUCAUCGAUAUUUUGAAACAGUCAAGGAAACCGCUCCAAAAACAGUGACAGUUGUCAUUCCAGCUAGAAUGUCAGCUCCAAGUAAACAAUUGAGUCUUAGGAAUGGAUUUUCGGUGGGUUUACUACCUCUAUGCAUUUCCCAGGCAAAUGGAAAGGAAUUGACUCCAAUCACCGAGGAAAAUACCGAAUUAAAAUACCACAGACUCCUGGAGAGACUCAGAGAUGUGUCCAGGUGCUCAGAAAAUUUAAGACAGAGCCCGGAUUACAUAAUUAAUUAUUGGGUAAUGGAUUGGUUGGCUGCGGCUUUACCGAAGAAAUUACUCGAGCCAUUCUUGAAGAGUCACAGUACUAUGGUCUUCAGUAAUCUACCAGGACCCAAUAAAGUGGAUAUUCUGGGGAAUAGUUUAGAGAAAGUCGCGUUCUGGAUCCCUCACAGGGGAACAACCGGUAUUGGCGUUUCUUUUCUGACUUAUGGUGGCAGAGCCCACAUGUCUGUAAUCGUGGAUAAAGGAAUUCUAAGAGACGAGAGUAUUCUGGAUACCAUAAUCAGAGAUACAGUAGACGACAUAAAAAAUCUUCAUGAAUACAUAACAGUAAAGUUAACGCACCUACGGAAACAGGGUUUAGUGUGCAGCAACGAGUAAAAAUUCCGAAUUAAUCUAGAAAACGAAGAAAAACUGUUUUGAAUGAAUUUCUUUUUAUAAAUACUA